AUGAGUAUUGUUGCUGCUCUUACAACCAGUCUUUUUAUUGUGUUACUUGCCCUUUUAACCAUUAACAGUAGCUUCUCCAGUGGAAGAUCUGACUUGGGAUUCUUCAAGAGUGAGAAACAAGAUCUUUUAAGGUUUAAUCAAUAUCCUUCCAAUCGCCUUGACUCUUCCGACUCCGACCUCCCUCGUAGAACUCUUAAAGCAGCUUAUGAGCAGCCAAAAACGAAUUCCAGAAAACAGAGGUUGAGACAAAAGGAAGUUCCUGGGUUCUACUACCUCCAGGACGGUGUGGCUGAGUUGAUGCCAUUACCAUUGGACAACUUAACUGAUUUAAUAACUACCAUGUUUAAAUCUAAUUUUGAAAACUGCAUCAAACAACUUCCAUGGAAGAAUCUUCAAUAUCUUGACCUUCGUCCCAACUUGUUCGAAGCACCAAUUCCAGUUCCGCCACCUGACAUGAAAGUCUUUUUAGUAUCAAACAAUAAAUUGACAGGAGAAAUACCUCAUUUAAUCUGCAAUAUGAGUACCCUUCAAGUUCUUGAUCUUUCGGACAAUAGCUUGACGGGUACCAUUCCAGAAUGCAUGGGACACUUCAGCAACAGUUUGCGCGUGUUGGAUCUGCAGGAGAAUAAGUUCCAUGGCAACAUUCCUGGAUUAUUUGCAAAGGACAAUGACUUGAGGACCCUCAACUUAAAUGGCAAUGAAUUGAAAGGGCCAAUCCAAAACUCUUUGCUUAAUUGUACAAAGUUGGAAGUCCUAGAUCUGGGAAAUAACAACAUAAACGAGUCCUUCCCAAAAUGGUUGGGAAGCCUUCCGGCAUUACAGGUUCUUGUUCUUCGUUCUAAUAAAUUUUCUGGUCUCGUAACGGAUCCUGAAGCCAGUAGUACUUCUUUCUCUAAGUUGAGAAUUUUUUAUAUCUCGAACAACAAUUUUAAUGGUUUAUUACCUGUGAGUUAUUUUGAGAAUAUGAAAUCCAUGAUGAGUGUUAGUGGUGAAGUUAAAAAGAAGCCUCAGUAUAUGGGAGACAGGUAUUAUGAAGAUUCAGCGACGCUUGUAGUUAAAAAGCUUGAGGUUAAACUAGUGAAAAUUCUUACUGUUUUUUGUACCAUUGAUUUCUCGAAUAAUAGCUUUAAUGGUCCGAUUCCAGAAGUAAUUGGAAAGCUUCUUGCACUUAAUCACCUCAACCUUUCUCAAAACAGUCUUACAGGUCAGAUUCCUCCAUCGUUGGGCAAUUUGGAAGGAGUCGAAGUCUUAGACCUUUCUUCAAACAAACUUGGCGGGAGAAUUCCAUGGCAGUUAACUAAUUUGACAUUUCUCUCUUUACUGAACCUGUCACAAAACCAACUUGUGGGACGUAUUCCUGAAGUGAACCAAUUCGGUACAUUCUCAAGUGAUUCGUACGAAGGAAACUUGGGAUUUUGUGGACUUCCAUUAAAGAAGAAUUGCAGCAGCGGUGAGCCUUCCCAGCCAUCCCCGAGAUCAGGUGAUACAGACUCUGAAGAAGAUUUUGGUUGGAAAGUUGUGUUGGCGGGUUAUGGAUGUGGGACGGCGUUUGGAUUGAUUAUUGGAUGUCUUGUGUUCACAGCAGGAAAGCCUCAAUGGCUUGUAAACGCAGUUGAAGGGAAUUCCCACAAAACGGUGAGAAGGAUUAAAACCAAACAGAAAAGAAGAAGAAAUUAG